GUUCCACGAAAGAGCAUCGACACCCGCAUCACUAUAUAAAGCUCAGAUGCGACUGUGCACAGCAACUUAUUAGACAGAGCAAGUGGAGAGUUAACAUCGCCAGAGAAACUAACCGAGAGUCAGACAGUAAAUCGCGGCCAUGCAAGUAAAACUGUGCAUCACCGUCGCCCUAUUGGCAUUCAUUGUGCAGCCAAGUCAGCAAGCAUCGUUUUUCGAUCGCCUGGCUGGAAACGGGCCUACUAUAGCUCAAGAUGCACCAGCGGAUACAUGCGCAGAUGAACCCUGCCACAAUGGCGGCUCGUGCUCGGAAGAUGGUGUUGGCUACGAGUGCGCAUGCCCGGAAAAUGUGGCGGGAAAGACCUGUGAGGACACUGCUGCACGGGAUAGGAUUAACAAAAUCCGAAACUUCAAGGCUAGCGUGGUUCAGAAUGUCCAUGCGCAGACCGAUGACUUCUCCAUCGACGCCAACCCGAACGCUAACGAGGAUGUCGAUAUCAUUCUAAUCGUCGACCGUAGUCUGAGCGUCGGCCAACCUUCGUUUGAGCAAGCAAAGUGCGCAUUGAAGGAGUGGGUGCAACUCUUCCAAGACGACCUUACCAUCCAGGCAAGAGUUAUGAUCUUGUCGUACGGACGAGAGGUAAUAUUGCACGGAAACUUCACAGCCUAUCGCUCGGUCGAAGAAGUCAAUUACGCCAUAGACGACAUUGCCUAUCGAUAUCACAGUGAUCUCUGCCGCGAUCAGAACGACAACUGCGCCACCUGCACAAAUCUUGCGCUCGCAGAGGCGUACGACAGGUUUAUCGACGAAUCUUCGAAUUCGCGGCCCGAUGCGACUCGUGCGGUCGUGUUGAUUACUGACGGACGCUCCAACUGUCCGGGAACCAAAGAAACCUGCCUUGUAGCCGGAAACCUAAAGGCAGAUCUGAACGUAGACGUCUUUGUGCAAGCCGUCGGCCAGAGGAUUGAUGCUGACGAAAUCAUGUGCAUCGCGACAGAAGGAAACUUCAAUCUGCAGCCCGACUACGAGGGAACUUGUCAGGAAACUGGGCGGGCCAGAGAACUCGAUACGGUGCAUCCAUAAUCAGCAAUGCUGCGACAGACUCAAUAAUUGCGUUAACUUUUAUUUAUAGUGUAUAAUAAGCAGCGGGAUUGGCACAUCUUCCAAGUUGAACGCGAUAUUGCAUUAAACGGAAUUGCUGCGAUGUAUGGGUACUACCUGGGAAUUAUGGGCACGUAUAUUACACCAAAUAAUACCCCGAAUGACACGACAGCUAUUAAUAGCUAGAGGCACAUGUAAAUAACCUGCGGUAGUCAUAUAAGGAUAUAUGUUGGCACGGACAGCACGGGGUAAUGACGACCAUGCUAAUUUAGGUUAUAAUGAUAAAUUAAAAAUGAAUAUUGUUUACCGGCUGUGGAUAUAAUUGUGGAAUCGAUGUGAAACUCAUAGAUAUAGACGCUCGCAUUAGGAGUAAAAUGAUGAGCGAUUACUAUAUUAUUAUCCCUUAUAAACCUACUUCUAAUUAUUGCGCAAGAGUAUGCCAAAAAUUAUCACUUUAUUAUUGUUAACUUAUCGCCAACAGAGAACGAGUAGAUAUCACAAUAUAGUGUUUAUUAAUUAUCAGUAAUUAUAGUAAAUUAUCGUACUAUCUAUAGAUAACAAAAACUGACAGAUGAGCAACACCAGCUUUGAUGACACGUACAGUAACAAGUUAAUCUAUCGUGUCUUUUGUAACUGGAUCUCGCCGCCUUUGCGAUAUCAUUCUUUUACAAAAUAUAAUUAUGAAAAUACAGUUACAUGAUUUUGUU